AAUAGAAUGUUGGCUCGUGGACCAGCCAGGAAGCCUGUCUGAUCGUCAGCAAAAGCAUCCCACAGCUUCGGGCGAUCGCAGGACCCUAAAGCCGCGGUCCGCUCUGAUCUCCGAUCUAAGGCAGCCCUUCCAAGGACCCGCGGCCACUCCCCUCGUUUGUGCAUUCCGUUCGGGGCCUUCUCCUCCCUCUGGCUUCCCCGCCCCCACCUCUUCUAGCUGGCCUUUGCACUCGAUCUGAGCUCAGCCUCCACAGGCUUCGGGCCGUUUGCAAGUUCGUUCCCGAGUCUGUAUCCCGGGACUGGGGCCUAUUCGGACAUCUUCCCUCCAGUUCCGGCGCUCCUGGCUUUUAGCCCUCCGAUGUCGCUCCAAACUCACUUUUCCGGGAUGCCAAGGGCCAGACCCGAGAGAGCCAGAACUUCCCCGCCUAGCCAGCGUUGGCUUUUCUUCUGAAAGCCGGACUCCGGGUUUGCCUGCUCGUCCUGGGGGUGCGGCGAGCCUCCCGGAACACUCAAGGCUAACCUUCCCCUCGAAGCGUCUUCUUUUCCCAUCUCGGAGAGUCGCUUCAUUUCCAGCUGAAGGUCGUGCGUGCGUGCGCGUGCGCGCGGCUUCGUGUGCGCGUGCGUGUGUGCAGGCAGAGAGGAAUGAAUAAUUCGGAAAUGCUUCCAUGAAAUCGCUCACCAGGAAAAUUAGCUGCUCGUUAAAUGGGCAGCACAGAGGAGCCGCCACGUAAAUUCUACCUUUCUCCGACAGGAGAGGGGCGAGGCUGGGAGCAGGGCGGAGACUGCGAGGCAGGAUUGCUCUCCGCUCCGCCGGCUCUCCCCUGGCUCUGCUGCCUCUCGGAUCUUCCCCUCCUCUCCUUUAACCACUUACCCGCCUGCUCUUCCCAGGAAGUGGGCAUGUGGCAGAGUCUGCGAGGAGAAGGCGCCUAGUCCACGCCCUCCUCUGGCGUUUUCCCGGGCCCAGCGAGCGAGCGCAGGCUGCUAGCCUUCGUCUCCCUGCCGCCUUUCCCUCGUCCAGCCUUCCUAGCCGCAGGGGAGGCGGAGGCUGCCCGGGAAGGAGGACGCGCCGUUCUGGAACCUCCAGGCUGCUCUGCAGCCCAAGCAGCGGCGGCGGCGGAGGCAGAACAGCGGCCCGUUGGCUCCAGGCUCUCGCCAUCUCUCGAAGGCGCGGGCCGGCGUUCGAUUUCCUCCGGUCAUACGGCGAGACCCACCGAGGCACACCAGACUCCCCAGCCCAGCGGGUUGAGCUCUGCCAGGGAGCAGCUCCUAUUCCCAAGCGCCCCGCAGCCGGAGAAGCGCGGCAGGCGGCGGGGCUGUGCCGGCAGGAGCCCUGCCCUUCGGCGCUCGCUUUCCCCCGCCCUCCCUCCCUCCCAAAACGCCCAGGGAGAGAGUUGCGGGUCGCGGCUUCUUUUCGGAUUGUUCUUCUCCGGGAUUCUGUUCGCUUUCUUUCGGAAAAGGGCCAAAGGCUGCCGGGAAGCCGCCUGCGGAAUGUGGCCGUGCCAGCCUCGGCACGGAGUUAAGUAGAAGCCAGCCCCAAAGCCGACCGCCACAGCCGCCCUGGCCCGGGGUCUAUUGUCGCGGAGGAAGGCGGGUGGCGAGACCAGAAGCCGUCCAGCCCGGGGGUUCUCCGCGUCGCGCUGGGAAGUUUGGGGGCCCGUGUCUGGGCCUGUCCUCCGUUUCUUUGGCCUCCGAGGAAAGAGCUCGCCUGCGGGUCGGAUGGGCCCGGGAACCGCGGUUCCGACCCGCUUGAAUGAUUCUUCUGCCUGAGGCGGCCGGUGGGAAUCUAGGAAGCCGAGCGGCCGCUCGAGCUCCCUGUUCGAUUGGCUGUGCGGAUUAGGGGCCCCGGGAAGCCCCGGGCUGCCUCUUUCGGGCUCGCGGGCAGCCCGGACUCGGGAGCUCCGUGUUUAGAGGAUUCCCGGUGUGCUGGUCUCGCUCUUUAAUAUGUCACAAUGUGUCUGCUAAUGCUGCCCCAACUCCUCCUCUGUGGACUUGUGUGUCUUCACGUUUACGGAUCACGUCUUCGCCAAGAAGAUUUCCCUCCCCGGAUUGUUGAGCAUCCUUCGGAUGUCAUCGUCUCCAAGGGAGAGCCAACCACUCUGAACUGCAAGGCCGAGGGCCGGCCGACUCCCACUAUAGAGUGGUACAAAGAUGGCGAGAGGGUGGAGACGGACAAAGAUGAUCCGCGAUCGCACCGCAUGCUGCUGCCCAGUGGAUCUCUGUUCUUCUUGCGCAUUGUGCACGGACGCAGAAGCAAGCCGGAUGAAGGCAGCUACGUCUGUGUGGCGAGGAACUAUCUGGGCGAGGCAAUGAGCCACAACGCGUCCCUGGAAGUGGCAUUAUUAAGAGAUGACUUCCGGCAAAAUCCCACAGAUGUUGUUGUGGCAGCUGGGGAGCCCGCCAUCUUGGAGUGCCAACCUCCCCGAGGACAUCCAGAGCCCGCCAUCUAUUGGAAGAAAGACAAAGUUCGAAUAGAUGACAGGGAAGAGAGAAUAAGUAUCCGUGGUGGGAAACUGAUGAUUUCAAACACUAGGAAGAGCGAUGCCGGCAUGUAUACCUGUGUGGGAACAAACAUGGUGGGAGAAAGGGACAGUGACCCAGCAGAGCUGACUGUCUUUGAGCGACCCACUUUCCUCAGAAGACCAAUUAACCAAGUGAUACUGGAAGAAGAAGCUAUUGAGUUUCGAUGUCAAGUCCAAGGAGAUCCUCAGCCAACUGUCAGAUGGAAAAAAGAUGAUGCAGAUUUACCGAGAGGAAGGGUUGACGUCAAGGAGGAUCACACGCUGAGGAUUAAGAAGGCGCUGAGCUCUGAUGAAGGCACCUACGUGUGUAUUGCUGAGAAUCGGGUGGGAAGAGUUGAAGCAUCGGCUACGCUCACGGUGAGAGCCCGCCCUGUUGCUCCACCACAGUUUGUGGUUAGGCCAAGAGAUCAGAUUGUAAUUCAAGGUCGAACAGUUACAUUUCCAUGUGAAACAAAAGGAAACCCUCAGCCAGCUGUUUUUUGGCAGAAAGAAGGCAGUCAGAACCUGAUUUUCCCAAAUCAGCCGCUACAGCCUAGCAGCAGAUACUCAGUGUCACCAACUGGAGAUCUUACUAUUACGAACAUCCAGAGGUCUGAUGCAGGCUACUAUAUUUGUCAGGCCUUAACUGUUGCAGGAAGUAUUUUAGCAAAGGCCCAGCUGGAAGUUACUGAUGUUUUGACAGAUAGGCCUCCACCUAUAAUUCUGCAAGGCCCAGCCAACCAGACAUUAGCAGUCGAUGGAACUGCCCUGCUGAAAUGUAAAACCACCGGUGAUCCUCUUCCUAUCAUUAGCUGGUUAAAGGAAGGAUUCACUUUUCUGGGUCGAGAUCCAAGGACGUCUUUACAAGAACAAGGAACCCUACAGAUUAAGAAUUUACGUAUUUCCGAUUCUGGCACUUACACAUGUGUGGCUACUAGUUCAAGUGGAGAGACAUCAUGGAGUGCUGUGCUAGAUGUAACUGAAUCUGGAGCAACAAUCAGUAAACCUUAUGAUUUCAAUGAGCUGCCUGGACCGCCGUCCAAACCUCAGGUCACUGAUGUCAGUAAGAACAGCGUCACCUUGUCCUGGCAACCAGGCAGCCCUGGAAGCCUGCCAGCUAGUGCAUAUAUCAUUGAGGCCUUCAGCCAAUCAGUGAGCAAUAGCUGGCAAACUGUGGCGAACCAUGUAAAGACGACGCUGUACACUGUAAGAGGACUGCGGCCCAACACCAUAUACUUGUUCAUGGUGAGGGCUAUCAACACUCAGGGUCUCAGUGACCCCAGCCCCAUGUCGGACCCUGUGCGCACACAAGAUAUCAGCCCGCCAGCCCAAGGCGUAGACCACAGACAGGUCCAGAAGGAGCUGGGGGAUGUUGCCGUGCGUCUUCAUAACCCCGUGGUGUUGACUCCCACCACAGUCCAAGUCACGUGGACGGUUGAUCGUCAGCCCCAGUUUAUCCAAGGCUACCGGAUCUUUUACCGCCAGACAUCAGGACCCCAGGCUCCAUCCACGUGGCAAAAUUUAGAUGUCAAAGUGUCUACAGAACGCAGCGCUGUUUUAGGUCACCUGAAAAAAGGAGCAACUUAUGAAAUUAAAGUUCGUCCAUAUUUUAAUGAAUUUCAAGGAAUGGACAGUGAAUCCAAAUCAGCCCACACAACUGAGGAAGCUCCCAGUGCGCCGCCUCAGUCUGUCACCGUGCUGACGAUUGGAAGCCACAACAACACGAGUAUCAGCGUUUCCUGGGACCCUCCUCCUCCAGACCACCAAAAUGGAGUUAUCCAGGAAUAUAAGAUCUGGUGUUUGGGAAAUGAAACUCGGUUUCAUAUCAACAAGACUGUGGACGCCUCCAUGCGGUCGGUGGUGAUCGGCGGCUUGUUCCCGGGCGUUCAGUAUCAGGUAGAAGUGGCGGCCAGCACCAGUGCCGGAACCGGCGUGAGAAGCGAUCCCCAGCCCAUCGUCAUCGGGGGACGUAAUGAAGUGAUCAUCACUGAAAAUAACAACAGCAUCACUGAACAAAUAACAGAUGUUGUGAAGCAGCCAGCCUUUAUAGCCGGUAUUGGAGGUGCAUGCUGGGUAAUUCUGAUGGGUUUCAGCAUCUGGUUGUAUUGGCGCAGAAAGAAGAGAAAGGGACUCAGCAAUUAUGCUGUCCAGUCCUUCACCUUCACCCCUGCAGUUACUUUUCAAAGAGGUGACGGAGGACUAAUGAGCAAUGGGAGCCGACCAGGGUUACUAGAUGCCAGUGACCCUAGUUAUCCUUGGCUUGCAGACUCCUGGCCAGCCACCAGUUUGCCUGUGAACAGUAGCAGCAGUGGGCCAAAUGACAUUGGCAAUUUUGGUCGUGGAGAUGUGUUGCCACCAGGGCCAGGCCAAGGAGAUAAGACCGCUACUCUGCUUUCUGAUGGCGCCAUUUAUAGUAGUAUUGACUUCACCACUAAAACGACCUACAAUAGCUCCAGCCAAAUAACACAGGCUACACCCUAUGCCACCACACAGAUCCUGCACUCCAACAGCAUCCAUGAACUGGCUGUUGACUUGCCUGAUCCUCAGUGGAAAAGCUCAAUUCAGCAGAAGACGGACCUGAUUGGAUUCGGUUACUCUCUUCCUGAUCAGAACAAAGGCAACAACGCCUUACUUUACAUCCCUGACUACCGAAUGGCUGAGGGAUUGUCUAAUAGAAUGCCACACAACCAGUCACAGGAUUUCAGCACAACCAGCUCCCACAACAGCUCAGAAAGAAGUGGCAGCCUCUCAGGUGGGAAAGGUGGAAAAAAGAAGAAAAAUAAAAACUCUUCUAAAGCACCCAAAAACAACGGAUCUAACUGGGCUAAUGUCCCUCUACCUCCUCCUCCUGUCCAGCCCCUUCCGGGAACAGAGCUGGAGCACUAUGCCGCAGAUCAGCAGGAAGCUGGCUAUGACAGUGAUGGCUGGUGCCCACCAUUACCGGUUCAAACGUAUUUGCAUCAAGGGAUGGAGGAUGAGCUGGAGGAGGAUGAUGACCGAGUCCCGACACCUCCUGUUCGAGGAGUGGCCUCUUCUCCGGCCAUCUCAUUUGGACAACAGUCUACCGCGACUCUCACCCCCUCCCCAUGUGAAGAGAUGCAACCCAUGCUGCAGGCUCACCUGGAGGAGCUGACCAGAGCCUACCAGUUUGAUAUGACGAAGCAAGCAUGGCACAUCCAAAGCAAUACCCAACCUCCUCAGCCCCCAGUUCCACCAUUAGGUUAUGUUUCUGGAACCCUGAUUUCAGAUUUGGAAACAGAUAUUCCAGAUGAUGAUGAUGGUGAGGAUGAUGAUGACAAUGAUGAUGAAGAGGAGGACGAAGCAUUAGAAAUUACUAGGCCCCUGAGAGGUCAAGAUCAGACUCCAGGAUCCAGUAUGGACAAUCUAGACAGUUCGGUGACAGGUUCCAUGCUAAAUGGAUGGGGUUCUGCAUCUGAUGAGGACCCUAACUUUUCUAGUCCUAGAUCUAGUGUAGGUAGUUCCUCAGAUGACUCCAUCUUGACCAGCAGCAGUUUUGCACAAGCACUGGUUGCAGCAGCAGAUAAAGCUGGUUUUAGGCUGAAUGGAACCAGCCUUACAAAAACAGGCAAAGCAUUCUCUUCGUCCCAAAGACCUCGACCAACCAGUCCCUUUUCUACUGACAGUAACACAAGUACAGCGCUGAAUCAGAGUCAGAGGCCUAGGCCCACUAAAAAACACAAAGGAGGUAAAUUGGACCAACCUCCAUUGCCCCAUCGCAGGGAGGGUAUGACAGAUGAUCUUCCUCCACCACCAGAUCCCCCACCAGUUCAGGGUUUAAGGCACCAAAUAGUCCCUGGCCAACAUGGUGGUAACAUGGAAAGUUCUGCAGAGAGAAAAGGCAGCUCUCUGGAGAGGCAACAUGCAUCCCCCAUAGAUGAAACCAAGAGCUCAAAGGAUCGACAAGCUAGAACCUCCCUAGAGUGGCAGCAGCAGACACAGGAAUGGAUAAGCACCACAGAACCUCAAGAAGAUUUCAGGAAAGUCCCACACAAACAAGCAUUUGAAUCAGAGGAGGCCCUGGUACCAUACAGCAAGCCCAGCUUCCCAUCACCAGGGGGACAUAGUUCAUCAGGAACAGCUUCUUCAAAAGGAUCAACCGGACCUAGGAAAGGCGAAGUCUUGCGAGGAAGUCACCAGCGCAAUGCCAGCGACCUUCUUGAUGUCGGCUAUCUGGGACCCACCAGUCAAGGACCGUUUACAGGUGAAUUAUUUGAGAAGAGAAGUGCAAAGCUGCUCUGAAGGACCAGCAGGUCUGAACUCAUGGAAGUGAUGACACUAAACAGUGCAAUGAACAAUGUCUUUAUUUAUGUACUAUUGAAAGAGCUGUAAAUGCAAUGUAAAGACACACAGCCACACAUAUCCCACAGCUAUUUUCCUUGUAUUCUCUUUGAAAGACACCAUCCACCUUAACUAUUUCUUGUCAGAAGUAUAUCAAAAAGAAAGAAAAAAUGACCUUCCAGGAUGAAAAAAGGCUUUCCUCUGUAUAUAAUUUCUGUUGUGGCGUUGCUAUGCAAGUUCACUCUCUUUUUAGCUCUGUCCAUAUUAACGUCUUUUCUUAUUGGUCUGUUGUACUCUCUGUGAAUUAAUAGGCUGUGGUGCCAUAUAUGGACUUUUAAUUGUGUAGCUUUUCUGUUUAAAGUUUGCACUGCAAUUUUCUUUGGUGAUAAGCACAAAUCUCUACUCCUCAUGACAUGAAGAAAAAAGACUGAAUGUGAAGGGAGUUUAUGUACUGUACGCUAUGUUGAAUAGUGCAGGAUGGAACUGAUUGUGUUAUAUGCUUUUCCAUUGGGGUGAAGGAAUAUAAGGAAGUGAAACUGAAAAAUUGAUGUGAACAUCAGGGACUCAUUCAGUUUAAAAAAGCAAGAUGGCGGCUUUUACUGUUUUAAAGACGAUGUGGGGGUUCCAAAAAGAAAUGUGCAUUUGACAAUGAAUAUGCACAAAACGUGCAGGUGGCCAUGAUGUACUCAAAGUGAUGGAAAAAGCCCCAGGUUCUCUGCAGUGUCCAUUCUCACCUGCCCAGAUGUGAUUAAGCAAUAUGUGAUUACUAGAAAGAGACGUUUCACUGAAGCUGCAUUCGUACCACAGUCUCGAAAGCAUUUUGUAAAUUGCUCGAAUCCAUUAGAUCAAAAUAUGAUGUGAAGUUCCCCAAGGAAACAAAUAUAAUCUCUAGACUAGCUAGCAAGUAUUUAAAGAUGCAAUUUAUCAUUAAGACAUACUCGGGCUGCUUCCAAAUCUGUUACAAUAUCUUGUUUCAUCUUUAUAACACAUGCACAGUACACUAGAGGAUAGAGCUGCAUCACUGAAAUCCAUAAUUUUUUCUAAUGUCAUUUACAUGAAGUCGUGUUUUAUUUAAGAAGUGAAGCUUGUUCCACCCAACUUAUAGAGAAAUCGUAAGUGCUCAAAAAGCACUGCUAAGAGUAUGUUCAUUUCAUGGUAAGUAUUUCUUGAACCAGAACUAUCAAUUCUGAGAAAUUGGCUGCAAACCAAAACCGUAGGACCCACUUUUCUGAGUGAAGUGAAAAGGAGUUUAACAGGGACACAGUGCAUGCUUUUGUGCUUUUUUAUAAAACCAAACCAUGCAAGUGAAUAGUAAUAACAGUAUCCUGCCUCAUCUUUUGUUUUCAUGACUAAAGUAAUAUUUUUAAGUGUGAAGAAAAUUAUUAGAAUUUUGAAAUAUCUACUAGCUCUUAUACAUAUAUAAAAAGCCAAGUUUGCCCACAUGGCACAUCCACAUUUUUAGAGUUUGCUGAUAGCUAUCCUUUCUCAUUACUCUCCAAGAUAAUCCACCGUUCCCUUCAAAAAUUAGUUGGGUCCCUGCUCUGCCUUGCAAAGUCAAUACCUUGAUACAUGAUUGGCCUGGAUCUCCCAGUUUUACUUUUCCUUGCAAUAGCAGAGUAGGAAACAAACGUAUUGGUUGCCUUUAUUUUUCUUAAACCCACAAUAGUAAAAGCAAAUAUCAGGAACCAGGCUGUGCUUUGGUGGCUAAAGAAGCAUCUGUUCCUCACUCCACACAAAUGACUCCACAAUGGGCAAUAAACAGUUCAAAUUCACAUAGUGAAAAUGAGUUCCUGAACGCCUUCCCAGCCCGUUUUCUAACAUCCGUGUCUGCAACUUCAACAAGCUUCUUUUCCCCUUAGCUAUGAAAGAGUAUGUGUUGAAGGUGUACAAGCUGUGUGUUGGGAAUGAUUGCGUGAACAGCCAGAAACCGUAGGGCCGAGCGAUCUCAGACCCUGGUAUUUCUGAUGCCAAAGGAGAACAUCUUCGACCACUCAGUUUAAAACCUAGCAGCCCCGGAGUGUGCUUUGUAUCUCUGAAGAGUUGUGCUGUUUAAAUCAGAAGUAUGUAACCUAUUGACAGUAGCUGCUGAAAUCGUCUUCUCUGCUCCCUUAACACCAGAUUCAAAGGUCUGAGUUGGACAUGAGUCAGUUAUUAUGGGCCAGAGAAACAGUUUAUCCUACACCUAGCUGAAACACUCUGUGGGGAUGGCUUCAGGGAAUUGUUAUUUUUCUACAUUGAUGUAAAGCAAACCGAUAUAUUCCUUACAAAAUGGAGUGUGUAUUUUAGCAGGAGUGUCGAUUCUAUGACGUGCCGAUUGUAGUACUCUGGUUAUCGCAUGGAAUUCAGCAACAUCAGCAACUGAAAGACAUGAAGCUUGCUGACCCAAAGGCAAGACAUCAAAUGUACAAACAUGCGUUCCUUAGCUGCAAAGUCUACUUUUCCUUGCUGAUUGUGUCAGUAAGUUAAAGUGUCAUUAUGCCCAGUUCUCUGUUCCAGAAGUCACAGAGCAAAGUGCAUGUAAAUCUAUGAAUUGAAGGCCUCCACAGGCUUAUGCAUAUGUAGGAAGCGUCAGUCCCACUUGGCAGUCAAGGAUAAUGCUACCUCAUGGCCAUUUCUGCAAAAGCACAAUACGAUUUAGUUUGAAAACUCCCUUUCAUGAGAUGCCUGUGACUGUCAGAGCAAAUGCUCAUCUAUGGCUCUGUAUUUAGGUUGCAGACAUAAUACUUGUGUUCUAAAGCUUUUUUAUACCACUUUAACGUAGAGGCUAGAAGAGCAUGUACCAGCUGCCAUGAGCUCCAUGAGAACAAUUCAUUGUUCCAAUAAAUGUGAGUCCAACUUAGGAAGAGAAUGAAAGAAAGCAUAGAAAGAUAACUGAGUCCAACUUUUGUGAAUCAAUGUUAAAUAACACAACUAAAAAGGAAGUGUUAGACUUUUCCCUCACAUAUUCUAUGGGGAAGACCCAUUCACAGAUGGUAUCUUCUGGCUCAUGGGGGAAGUGGGACUAGAUGGCCUAGAAAGUCCCUUUCAAAUAGGAAAUUGAUUAAUAUAUAAAUUCAUGUUUUAAUAUUCUAAGACUUUUAAUUAGUUUUCAAUCAGUGUUGAGUUAACAUUUUUAUUUAGCUUUGGUGGAACACCUUACAAUUUCUGUCAAAAAUUGACUCUUAUUCUUUGACAACAUAAUCAUAAUCAUCCCAAUUUAAUUUCAGACAUAUGAUUUAUCUGCUCCAAUGGGAAGUGAUUGUGUGUCAGUACUGAAGUUGUAAAGAAUCAUGAUAUUUUCACUAAUGUGUUCAUCUGCCCAUAUAUAUUUUGCUUCUGAAGUUAUAUAACACUGAUUUGGUAUAUAUAGCAACAUGUCUCUCCCCAUUAUAUUAUGUGAAAUUUACUAUUUCUUUUCUAAUAAUUGUACCUAAAAAACCACAGUACAAUUCCAAUAUGUUUUAAUUUACUAUUUCUUUUUUUUAUCUCAUUUUGAUACAAGCCAUUGAUUGUGAAUUGAUAGUGUUUUAAGAUGGAGGAUAUUGUGACAGCACUUAGACUCUUUUUAAGUUGGCUUUUCUAGAUUUAUUUUUGUCUGUAGUUUGUUCAAGUCACCAAAAAAAAAAAAUCCAAACUAUUAAUGUGUUACAUUGGUAUUGUUAGUACAGCAAAGUUAAAUUGACAUAAGAAGUUGGUUUACUAGUACUGUCAAAAACUGUGUAUUGUAUGGGGAAAAAUAAAACAUUCACAUUUCAAAUCUCUAAAAA